AUGUCUUCCCCACAUCGACAGGAAUGUCUUGAUUUUCAGAUGAAUGAUUCCAACUUCUGCAAGAUGAUCCACAUGAAAAGGACCCUUUGCUGUAAAUACAAGCAGGUGAAAAAUUGCAUCGCCAAAAGUGAAAAGGCUUUCAACAGACUUGGUGAAGCAGCACCUGCCAAUUUAAAGACAGAAUGGUUGGCCAAUGAGAGGAUCACUCAGUCCAGCAGAAUAAAUGAUCCUGCAUCGAUGGAUGUUUACAAUAUAAAUAUCAAGAAGGUUAAGCUGACCAUGUCUUCAUAG